CGCGCACCGUCGGUUUUUCUGCAGCAAACGCCAGCCGAAACGGGCCCGCACCUCGCAGCGUUGUUUACGUGUUCCGUUUCCCCGGAUGGUGGCAAACAUUUUGUGGCCCUCGGCCUGUGCCGCGCCCUUGCCCUCCCGCCGUUUAUUUAGUCACGUUUGGUCCAGGAAGGUUGGCACCCCUCCCUUGCCCUUUCCCCUUCUCCACCUCCCUCCCUCCCUCCCGCCUCGCCACCGAUUUUUCUCCCACCUCCCUCCCUCCCUCCCCUCCUCCUCCAUGACUACUGAGAAAUUCGCCGGUGCUGUGCCUGCUGCCGUGGAUUUACGGCAGGGCGCCAUGGACCUCGCCCGUCGGCUGUCGUCGUUGCGGGACUUCCUCUCCGCAGCAAACGAACUGACAGCCUGCAGCGACCUCCCCUCGCACGAUGUCCGGCGUCACUGUCGCAAGGUAAGGGAAAACCGGGCAGCGUAUCGUCACGCUUAUCGAGGUAGGUCCGCCGGCGGGCCCAGCGUGCCUGGGCCGCCCAGUGCCGCGAAGCCAGAGAUUCGCCCCGCUGACGACGAGCCUUUGCCCCCGCGCGCCCAGAUCGCACGGACGACGCUGACGCGCAGCGGCGCGAAGCUCCACCACGCGCGCUCGUGCAUGCCCGCCCUCCAGCGGCACAAGGCGGCCUACCUGGACAUGCUGCACAUGCUCGAGCAGCAGCGGCACCUGAUGCAGGACGACCGCGCCUUCCAGGAACGCGUCGAUCGUCUGCUUCUGCCGCUCUCCGCCAAUCCGCGGCUCGCUGCCGCCGAGGAUACAGCGGGGCGCGCGCCACCACCACCACCACCACCACCACCACCACCGUCGUCGUCUGUGCUCCGCUGCCUCGGCAGCGCGCAACCCUUGUCCGCUUCGAUGCCGCCACCGCCACCCACCUACGCGAACACCGGUUCUGGCCGCAAAAUGUUGCCGCCCGACGUCCUGCUGGGCCGCCCGCCACGACCAUGGACGCCGCCGGCCAAUGCCUGGAAGCAGCAGGCCCACCCUGCGCGCCCGCUGCAGCAGCAGCAGCAGCAGCAGCAGCAGCAGCAGCAGCAGCAGCAGCAGCAGCGCGGCCGCCACGAGUGGCGGGGCCCCGGGGGAGACGAGCCCGACGAGCGUUCGGACGAGGACGAUGACGAGGACGAUGACGACGAGGACGACGAGAGCGCGCGGGCGGUGCUCGUCCAGCAGCCCCGCCGCCGCUUCGGGAUAUUCUGCACUGGCAAGCCCGGCCACCGGCGUCCGGGGGGCUUGAGGCGGUGA